AUGGGCUUUUCAAGUUCAGUAUGUGUCCUUUUCUUCUUUCUUGGAGUCAAAGUAUAUUGCCAAUAUGAAAGUUAUCAAUGGGAUGAAGAUUAUGACCAAGAACCAGAUGAAGUCUACCAAACUGAAUUCCAAUUUCAACAAAAUAUAAACUAUGAAGCUUCAUUUCAUCAGCAUACUUUAGGUUGCGCCAGUGAAUGCUUCUGUCCACCUAACUUUCCAUCAUCAAUGUAUUGUGAUAAUCGCAAAUUAAAGACUAUCCCAAAUAUUCCAGCACACAUUCAGCAAGUCUAUCUUCAGUUCAAUGAAAUUGAGGCUGUGACUGCUGAUUCAUUUAUCAAUGCCACUCAUCUUAAAGAAAUCAACCUCAGCCACAAUAAAAUUAAAUCUCAAAAGAUUGAUCAUGGUGUCUUUGCUAAAUUGUCAAAUCUACUACAGCUUCACCUACAGCAUAACAAUUUAGAAGACUUUCCAUUUCCUCUUCCUAAGUCUUUGGAAAGGAUUUUUCUAGGUUACAAUGAAAUCUCCAGACUGCAGACAAAUGCUGUGAAUGGGCUUGUAAACCUGACCAUGCUUGAUCUCUGUUUUAAUCAAAUUGAUGAUUCUAUGUUACAAGCAAAAGUACUUGCCAAAAUGGAAAAAUUGAUGCAGCUCAACCUGUGUAAUAACAGAUUAGAAUCAAUGCCUCCUGGUUUGCCUUCUUCACUUAUGUAUCUGUCUUUAGAAAACAAUUCAAUAUCUUCUAUACCAGAAAAUUACUUCAACGAACUUCCGAAACUUCACGCUCUAAGAAUAUCACACAACAAACUACAAGACAUUCCACAUAAUAUUUUUAAUCUUUCCAACCUUAUAGAGCUCAAUGUUGGACACAACAAACUGAAGCAAGCAUUCUAUAUUCCAAGGAAUUUAGAACACCUAUACCUAGAAAAUAAUGAAAUUGAAAAUAUCAAUGUCACAGUGAUGUGUCCAUCAGUUGAUCCACUACAUUACCACCAUUUAACAUACAUUCGCGUAGAUCAAAAUAAGCUGAAAGCGCCAAUAAGCUCAUACAUUUUCCUCUGCUUCCCUCAUAUACACACUAUUUAUUAUGGUGAACAACAAAGCACUAAUGGUCAAAUGAUACAACUGAAGACCCAAGUUUUCAGGAGAUUUCCAGAUGAUGGUGAUAGUGAAGAUCAUGAUGAUCAUCAUGAAGGCCCAGAAGAAGAAGGAACAGAAGAAAACAUUGAUGCUAACUAUUAUGGAAGUCAAGAAUGGCAAGGAACUAUAUAG